AAGUUAUGCUCCGACUGAAGGAAGGAAUCCCAGAAUGUACAGGUAGGGGCUGAGAGCGGCAAGCCCAGCAUGCUCGGCCCAGGGAUGCCAGGAAUGCCGCCACCGCCACCGCCUCCCGGUGUGGCCGGCGUGGUGAAGUCGCCGCUUCCAGGGAUGCCAGGGCUACCGGGGCUUGGGAUGGGGUUGAAGCCGCCCAUUCCACCGCCGCCCGGGCACGCGCCGCUGCUGCUGAUGCCGCAGCUGCUGUCCAUGAUGCCCGGCGCGCCACAGCCGGCGCCACCGGCGCCAACCACGGCACCGGCGCCAAGCACCGCAAGCACGGCCCCGGCGAGCGCGGCUGCAAGCGGGCCCAAGGGUGGCAACUCCACACCUGCGAAUAACACAGGCAAACAGUUUCCUUGGGAGGGCACAAGCGGCAUUCAAUGCAAAUACGGCCGUGCGUGCAAAAAUUCGCAGUGCACGGACACGCACCCCACCGGCCGUGGCAUUGACGAGGACCCAAACAGCACAAUUUGCCGCUUCGGGCGGAAGUGCAAGAGACAAGGCUGCUUUUUUGUUCACCCACAAGGGCGUGAAGUUGACGAUGAUCCUUCCAAGGGAAUGUGCCGGCAGGGCGUUCAAUGCAAGCGGCCCGACUGCCUGUAUUCUCAUCCUGAGGGCCGGAUAGUGGAAGGCCAAGAAUCCCGAGCCUGCCACGUUUGCGGCAUUGCGGGUCAUUUGAUGAAGGACUGUCCCAAGCGGCGCGGCGUCGCGGCCCUGCCGGUGGUGAGGGGUCAGUACGUGACGUUGUGGAACUUCCCCGUGGACUGGGAAGCCAAGACUACGGAGGAGCUGACGACCCACCUCGCGGAGGAGCUGGAGGUCUUCGGCGCUUUGACCUUGCCCCCGGUGUUGAUCGACGGCCACCGCAAGGCCGUGGGCGCCUUCGAGGACGAAGCUGCGGCGAAGGCGGCGGCGGAGGUCCUGGACGCGGUGCUGGACAUCGAGCUCAGCGAGCCGCCCAACCAGAACGCCGUGGACAACAAGCCGGGCUCCGUGCUGAUCCAGGACUUCCCGGCACGCUGGGGCGCCUCGGACGUGGGCGCGCUGCUGCACGGCACUGUGAAGCCCAGCGCGCUGCUAGGCAUCGAGAUGGUUCCUGGUCCGGGUGAGGGCGAGGGCGGCAACGGCGGCGGCGCGCGCUUGCGCAUGCGGGACUUUGCUUCCGCUCGGGAAGUGGCCAAGGAGCUGCAGGACCAGAAGGUGGCAGGGAAGCCUUUGCACAUCACGCUGGAAGAUGAAGACGGGCGUUCACAAAAUAUCGACGAGACGUUGGACGACAAGCAGAAAGGAGGUGAAUUUCCAGACAGAAGAGUAGAUGGAAUCGAGAUGUGUCAGGACUACAGGAUGGACCGCUGCACUCGAGGAGAUCGCUGUAAGUUUUCACAUGGCGAUGAAGACAGUGAUGAAAAGAAGGCACGUUUAGAAAAAGAGCGAAAGCGCCGUGAGGAGACGGAGAAGGAGAGGGAACGGGACAAGGAUCGUGAGCAGAGGGAGCGUCGGCGCUUCCGCUCACGCUCGCGCUCGCGGCGGCGCUCGCGCUCACGGAAGGGCCGCGAUGACGGCUUCCCCGAGGAUGCCUGGGCGGCCGGGCCGCCGCCUCCAGCCUGGGGCUGGGGCCCCCCGCCGCACGAUCCCUGGGGGGCACCGCCGCCCUGGGGGGCGCCACCCCCGGGGUGGGGCUAGGAUCUAUGGAAGCGUUGGCCAAGUUCCCGUGGUAG